CCCAACAACCACUCUUCUCUUAUCUCUCUCUACCAACCUCACCGGUCAUUGCUCCCAAUUCCAUUUCUGCCUAGGGUUUGCUCUAAGAAUCUAUCCUCCCCAUUUCGAUUCUUUACAAACCCUAGAUCGCAAAAAUGGCCUCCUCAGCUGCUCAAGUCCACGCCCUCGGCGCCGCCGCUCACUUCACUGCCGCCAACUCUAUCAAAAACUACCCCAACAGAACCGUAUUUCUCGGAGCCAAGCUCAACACCACCUCUACCCCCUCCGGCUUGAAGCUCAGGAGUAAGCAAAGUAGCGCCCGCCGAGGCUCUACUUUCCGCGUGGUGGCGGAGAAAGUCGUGGGGAUUGAUUUGGGAACCACCAAUUCCGCCGUCGCGGCCAUGGAGGGAGGGAAGCCUACCAUCGUCACCAACGCCGAGGGCCAGCGCACUACUCCUUCUGUGGUUGCUUACACUAAGAAUUCCGAUAGGCUGGUUGGACAGAUUGCCAAGAGGCAGGCCGUGGUUAAUCCUGAGAAUACAUUCUUCUCCGUGAAGAGAUUUAUUGGGAGGAAGAUGUCAGAGGUUGAUGACGAGUCCAAGCAGGUUUCAUAUAAUGUUGUGAGGGAUGAGAAUGGGAAUGUCAAGCUUGACUGCCCCGCCAUUGGCAAACAGUUUGCAGCUGAGGAGAUUUCCGCUCAGGUCUUGAGGAAGCUUGUGGAUGACGCAUCGAAGUUUUUGAAUGACAAGGUUACCAAAGCAGUAGUUACAGUUCCUGCAUACUUUAAUGAUUCUCAAAGGACUGCCACGAAAGAUGCUGGUCGUAUUGCUGGAUUAGAGGUUCUCCGCAUUAUAAAUGAACCCACUGCUGCGUCAUUGGCCUAUGGUUUUGAAAAGAAAAGCAACGAAACUAUUCUGGUUUUUGACCUUGGAGGUGGCACUUUUGAUGUUUCAGUCCUUGAGGUUGGUGAUGGCGUGUUUGAGGUGCUUUCUACUUCCGGGGACACUCAUCUUGGUGGUGAUGAUUUUGAUAAGAGAAUUGUUGAUUGGCUUGCUGCAAGUUUCAAGAAUGAUGAAGGAAUAGAUCUAUUGAAGGACAAACAAGCCCUUCAACGUUUGACUGAGACUGCAGAGAAAGCCAAAAUGGAACUCUCAUCUUUGACUCAAACUAACAUUAGUUUGCCUUUCAUUACUGCCACUGCAGAUGGCCCUAAACAUAUUGAGACCACCCUUACACGAGCUAAGUUUGAGGAAUUAUGCUCAGAUUUGCUUGACAGACUAAAAACCCCUGUUCAAAAUUCUCUGAGGGAUGCAAAGCUUUCCUUCAGUGAUUUGGAUGAGGUUAUCCUGGUGGGUGGUUCCACACGUAUUCCUGCUGUUCAGGAGCUUGUUAAGAAAUUGACUUCAAAAGACCCAAAUGUGACUGUCAAUCCUGAUGAAGUUGUUGCCCUUGGAGCUGCUGUUCAGGCUGGUGUAUUGGCGGGAGAUGUGAGCGACAUUGUCCUUUUGGAUGUAACACCUCUAUCUCUGGGGCUGGAAACACUUGGUGGAGUGAUGACAAAGAUUAUCCCACGUAAUACAACAUUGCCCACAUCAAAAUCAGAAGUUUUCUCAACAGCUGCUGAUGGUCAGACCAGUGUUGAAAUCAAUGUCCUUCAAGGUGAAAGAGAGUUUGUCAGGGACAACAAAUCUGUAGGCAGCUUCCGCCUUGAUGGAAUCCCACCUGCUCCCCGUGGUGUUCCCCAAAUUGAGGUGAAGUUCGAUAUUGAUGCAAAUGGAAUCCUCUCAGUUACCGCCAUUGAUAAGGGAACCGGGAAGAAGCAAGAUAUCACUAUUACUGGUGCUAGUACGUUGCCUGGUGACGAGGUGGAGAGAAUGGUCAGUGAGGCCGAAAAAUUUGCCAAGGAAGACAAGGAGAAGAGAGACGCCAUAGAUACUAAGAACCAGGCUGAUUCGGUGGUUUACCAAACGGAGAAGCAGUUGAAGGAACUUGGUGACAAAAUUCCUGCCCCUGUAAAAGAGAAGGUCGAGGCAAAACUUGGAGAACUCAAGGAUGCAAUCUCAGGAGGUUUGACACAAACAAUGAAGGAUGCCAUGACUGCACUUAAUCAGGAAGUCAUGCAGAUUGGCCAGUCACUAUAUAAUCAACCUGGUGCAGCAGCACCCGGUGCUGGCCCAACGCCUGGUGCAGGAGCUACCCCCUCAGAAUCUUCGGAAAAGGGACCCGAUGGCGAUGUUAUCGAUGCUGAUUUCACAGACAGCAAAUGAGCAUUUUUUGUGACCUUUCCUGCGUCCUCAUCUUCUUUCCCUGUUUGAAAAGGGUUAUAUUAGUUGGAAAAUGAUUAAAAAAAUGUUGUUGAAGCAAGUUACCGUGGAAAAGUGCAAUUGCAGAAAUUGUAGGAAUGUCAUAAGACGAUUAGGUUAUAGGCUUAUAGCUGAAGCAGCAGCGCAUGAGACAUUUUUGUUCAAAAAAUUUCUGCUGCUUUCUCAUGAUCUGCCUAGAUUUUUAAAGAUGAAUUUGGCGAAAGUUUAUUUUGUUUCACUUUACAAUUA